CGGCAUCUAACAUUCCCAGACACCCCAAGCACCCACACAAAGAACGCAUACACACAGCAAGCAGAAGAAGCCUUUUUCCGAGGAGCGGCGACGAUGCAGACGGCAAAGGUGAAGAUGAAGGACGCGGUGAGCUCGGCCAAGGAGAAGGCGAAGGAGGGCACGGCCAAGGCGCAGGGCAAGACCGGCAAGGCCACGGCGACCACGCACGGCGAGAAGGAGAUGGCCAAGGAGGAGACGCGCGCCAACAAGUCCCAGGCCAAGGCCGAGAUGCACCAGGAGAAGGCGGAGCACCGCGCCGAGGCCGCGGCCGGGCGCCACGGCGCCACGCACGUGCCCCUCACCGGGCCGCACGGCCACCACCGCCCCGUGGGUGCAGGUGCAGGUGCAGCGCCUGCCGCCGCCGACCCUGCGUACCCGGGCACCGGCGCGUACCCGACCACGGACAAGUACGUCUAGGUGUGUGAUGACCGGGAUCAGGAGCUGGCACCUGUUUUCUUUGUGUGGCUAGUGAUCUUGCCCGUCUGUCCUAGUUGGCUCGCGCGUGUAUGCUGCGCGCACAUGCGUGUGCCCGAAUAAAAUGUAUCGGUCAGUUGUAAAAUGCACCUUUGAUGUACUAGUAGUAAUUUGUGACUCGAGUGCUCUUGCCUGGUUUCAUCACAAAAGUUUGAUUCGUAAUUUGUAA